UCACUAUAUUUUUUUUUUUCCUUUGACAGUUUCCUCAUACUGAAGAUUUGUUUGUUUGUUACCGUGUCACCCAAACGGUUUAGCUUCGCGUCUACAGUUUUUUCAAGUAUUUUCUAGCAUGUCCGAUAUACUUUUUUUUUUGUUGUUAUUUUACAUAAUUUUUAUAUGUGAUAUUAAUGUGGAAGUUUUGGUGGCUACAUCAAAAGAAUUAGGAAACAUCUGAGGCUCUUUGUGGGAGAUUCACCAUCCCUGGGUGAAUGGGAGGGUCUGCCUGCCUCCUUCCUAACCUCACCCGCUGAAGUUAAAGCUGAGAGGAGGCAGUCACUCCAAGCGUGGACAGUCGACAGACCGACGUCAUGCUGCUGCAGCCCAACAGGAGCCCUCUCCUGCUCACCGUCACCUGCAUGUGUUUCUCGGGAGCUUUGCUUUGGUCUUACCAGGAAGAGGAUGCCAGUGAGGGGGAAAAAUGCACUGAGAAUAAUAUUUCAACUACAAAGUAUCCCUGCGUGAAGUCGACCGGAGAAGUUACGACAUGUUACAGGAGGAAAUGCUGCAAGGGCUUCAGGUUUGUAAUGGGCCAGUGCAUUCCUGAAGAUUAUGAUGUGUGCGCUGGCGCCCCCUGUGAGCAGCAGUGUACAGACCAUUUUGGCCGAGUAGUGUGUACUUGUUACUUAGGUUACCGUUAUGACCGUGAACGCCACAGAAACCGAGAGAAGCCCUACUGUCUGGACAUUGAUGAAUGUGCCGACAAAAACAUGAGCGCCUGCUCUCAGAUCUGCAUCAACACCGCAGGAAGUUUUAGGUGUGAGUGUGAGAAAGGCUAUUUCCUAGAAGAUGAUGGGAAGACUUGCACCAAAGGGGAGAGAGUUCAUCUCUUUGAGAAAUGUGAUAAUUUAAUGAAUGCUGGAACUUGCUCUGCCACAUGUGAAGACUUCCUCCAGAUCAAGAUGGCAGUGCUGCAGCUUAAGCAGAAGAUGGCCUUGCUGUCAAAUAGUGCUGAUGUCCCUGUGCAGAUGACGAAUGAGAAAAUUAUGACAUCAUCUGUAUUUUUACCAGGACCUCCAGGUUCCCCAGGGCCUCCAGGAGAUACGGGACCAGUUGGCCCUCCAGGAUUGACAGGGCCCCCUGGUCCACCUGGUCCUAGGGGCUUGAUGGGACCAGUUGGACCAACACCAGACCUGUUCCACAUCAAACGUGGCCCUCGAGGACCUCUGGGCCCCCCAGGAGCACCAGGGAGAGAUGGCCUAAAGGGGGAGAGAGGAGCUCCCGGGCCUGCUGGACCACCAGGACCCCCAGGAUCCUUUGAUUUCCUGCUCCUGCUGAUGGCAGAUAUCCGCAACGACAUCGCUGACUUGCAGAGCAAGGUGUACAGUCGGCCAAUGCACUCUCCGGAAGAGGACAUUCCUUUGGCGCCAGACAGCUGGAGAGACACAGCGGACAGUUUGGAUGCAGGAUCAGGGGAGGAUUAUAAGGAACCUCCAUCUCAAACAGGCCGAUGGUCCAAAAGGAACAAGAAGAGAAAACCAGGGCGAGAGAGAACAAACUGAUCACACUGAUAAUGAAGGGAAGCGUUGAAUGCUGUCAGGUGUAAAUAUUGAAGCGGUUUGCUUUUGUAUUUAAUGGUUUUUAAGAACAUAUUUUAUGCAGUUUUAUUACAGAUGUUUAUUUUUUUAUAAGACUUAAAAUGUUGUUUCUGACUUUUAACAAAUGUAAGUAGACUCUGGCAGUAUUUGUGUAUUUUAAACUGUAUGUUAUGAGAAACUGAACAAACCAAUAUCUAAGGAUUGACAUCUUCAUCCAUAAUGUCAAAAGAUUCAGAAAAUUGCCACAGUUGCUGCACUUGACCUUAUUAAAGUAACUUUAAUGUUUUUCAUCCAUAAAACACAAGAAUAAUAAUUUCAGUAAGCAAAGUAGAAGUUUUUGGAAAAGUAGCAGCACUGUUCAUUUACUUGACUGAUAAUCAACAGUAUUUAUGUCCAGAUUAAUAUUAUUUGUGGUCUGAAUGUUUGUUUUUAAAUUCAUUCAUUCAUUCAUUCAUUCAUUCAUUCAUAUCUUUAUUCCAGUCACAAAAAAGGCCAUAGUGAAAGGAUAAAACAAACAAAAUAAGAAAAAGAUACAAAAAUAAAUAUGACACAUAAUAUUAUUCACUGAGUCACAAAUAAAUGAUGACGCCAGUGAUUCCACAGAGAUUUGAAGAAAAUCUCACUGUACUAAAAGCAGGGUUUACUAAAACUGCAAUUUUAUAAUUGAUGUUGUGUACAUUUCAGUUUUACACAGAUGUGCUCCAGUUGUGGGCCUGUUGUGAAACAAUCCCUGCUAAAGACAUCCUCAGUUUACAAAACUCUUUAUAGUAUGUUUGAAAAACUUGAAUCUGAAUUAGGGAAUUAUGCCACCUUUAUUUUUUUAUAUGAAAACAAUAUACUUUACAAAUAGUGUCCAAUUUUAAUGACUGGAUAACAAUAUAUUACACGUGAAAAGAUAGCACAAGAACAAUAGGAAAUGGCUCAGAUAUGGAGAAAAUAAACAAACUGCAAACAUUGACUAAUACAAGGCAGAUUAACUCAUUAAAGUUCAGCUGACGAGUUUUAAUGGUUUUCUCCACAAAGGGGAGAAAUCACAUGGAAGAGCACAUAUGAAGAGUUGAAGGUAACAUGUCACAAAAAAAUUAUCUUUUUAUAUUUAAUUUAACUUUUCAGAAAAAUAUGAUUGCUAUUUGAUUAAUGUAAUAUUUAUUUUUCUAGAGAUCAAUAGAGACCAGCUCAGUCCUCUUAAUUCAAUAGAAAACUUGUUUCUGAGGCAGUACCCAGAAAUCCAGUACCUUUUCACCAUCGAGCAUUUUACAAAUAUAUGUGCUUCAAGGAAAAACUAUUUUAAACCAUUUCAUAUUUUAUACAGUGAAUAUUUGAUUUUGUAAAGAAAGAUACAAAAGCUUC